CUCCGUCAUCAGAUCAAGCUAGCACUCGCCUCCGAAUCAAGACAUGUUUCCUUAACACCAUGUGCUCAUUCGUAUGCAUCAAUUUGCCACGAACCCGCGUUGUAAGAGCAUGCGACAUGCCGCAACGAUAACGCCUCUUCUCGAUUUCCUCGUUCCUGCCCUUCCCACUCAUUCCAACGUUUCACGAUGUCUGGCCUUUAAUUCCAGAUCCCCAGCGGAUCGAUUUCAGGCCGAGACGGUCUUUUAUGAUGCUCUGUCACGCACCACCUCGUGCCAACGUAUCUCGCAAAGAACAGCAAAGAAGCCGAGCAGCAGGCGCAAAACAUCACAGUCUAGCCCAGCUCCUGCGACCACUCCACGCCCGCCUUGCAUCUCCUCGACGAAAUACACUACGCAGCCUUUCACAUUCUUUCACAGCGAUCUUCAGACUCGACGAAAGAGCACCCAUGCUUCUUCGGCGCGCAGAGCCGAUAAUGUUAUAAGAGCCAGCCCUAGUAGGUCUGCAAAAGCCGAGGCUAAGGCUAACCCGUGGGACUUUUUCGAGCCCAACGCUUUGGAUUUCGCCCAAGAAUCUCGGUUACCCCUCGCAUUCUUUCACGAUGUCGAUAACUUGCGAAACCUCACCAGCGAUGGUGUUUCCUCAAACACUGCGCCCGCCACACAGGAGGCGGCAACUCCACCAAAUGAGGAAGAUUUGAAGGGGCAAAUGAAUCUGCUUGCAUCUAUCAGGAAUCUCGAGGAGAAACUAGCAAAAGCAAGAAGGGACUUUAAGAGAAGCAUCGCGACCAAAAAGACUCUCAAGAACCCGUCCUCAUCGUCUGAGCCUGAGCGAAAGCAAAUCACCCUAUCAAAAGAUGACUAUAAGAACUUGGUGGAUCUGUAUUUUUAUUCUCACCAACAACGAUUUGAUCCCGAGUCUCCUGAUGAAUCACCCACUCCAACCUUUAUUGAAGACUACACCUUCAAGCUAUCCGAAGAUUUCGCACCCCCUCAGGCAUAUAAGAAAUUUUAUGACGGUGAAUACCGUGAGAACCCCCUCAAACAAAUAGAGAAGAACCUCGUCACAAGACAGCUCAAGGAGAUUGCUGUUUUCCAGGUUUUUAUCGAUCUCUUAGCGGAUGACUAUUCCUCAAACUCGGCACUCUUCAAGGCCUACCAACAGCUCCCCAGCCCCGGUGUGUCGUUUCUGCCCACCGGCACCGUGAGAUUGUUCUUACAACGCAUGUCAACGCCAUGGAGUAAAAGUGAAACUUCCAUGGUUCGCUAUUUAUCAUUGUUAGAUGACAUGCAGGAAGCUCGUCUGCCGAUCACACGAGCAGAAUGGGCAUCUGCCAUUUAUCUGGCCGGCAGAUCUUUUGGACGAGUCACUGAGGCAGACAUGAUGAGAGGAUUCGAAGUUUGGAGGCAGAUGGAACAGGAAGCUGGUGUUCAAUCUACCCAUGUGACGUUCAACAUCCUUUUCGACCUCGCCGUACGGUCCAACAAAUACUCGAUUGCUCAGAAAAUUCUAAAGGAGAUGCACACUCGUGGUCUUCGGCUCAACCGCCUGGGUCGAGUCAGCGUGAUUUAUUAUCAUGGUCUCCGGCGGGAUGGGGAUGCUGUCCGCAAAGCUUAUCGAGAAUUCGUGGAUGCUGGCGAAAUUGUCGACACUCUCGUGCUCAACUGUGUCAUAGCCUCGCUAAUCAACGCUGGGGAGUCUUCGGCCGCAGAGCAGAUCUAUGAACGGAUGAAAAGUCUUUAUUCUCGGUUGCAUGUCAGUACAACGGAAGACGGUCAACCUAUUUACUUCAAGCGCUACCCUGGAUCGGACGAGGUGACCAUCGAUCGUGAAUUGGCGUCCAAUUCCCUCGGCAGAAUCUUACUCAACGCUGCACGUCUAGAAGCUGUGCUUCCUGAUCAUCACAAGGAAUUGCAAGACAUGAUGCCACUCGUGCCUGACCACAAAACAUUUCGUACUAUGAUUUCGCACCACGCCAACGAAUCCGGUAACCUGGAUCGAAUAGUGGUCUUGAUGAAGGAGAUGACUGAAAUUUUCGGUCUGCCCCUGCAAAGCAUCAACUACCAUCUGCUGUUCAAAGGGUUUGCCCUCCAUGGCGGAACGACCUACCCCCAUGCGACGUGGAGCAUCAAACGGCUCAAACUGAUUUGGGAAGCGUGUCUUGCCGCUAUCAUGGAGCGAAAUGCAUAUAAGCGGUCACCACACAAACUUUCUUCAAAACAACUUCCGACUGUGAAAGAAGCCGAGUCGAUGCCGUACAAGACGGAAUCAAAGCAGGAUCAAAACCAGACAGGGGCUGACCUUUCGCGCAAAACUUUCAAACGUUUAAGCACAUGGAACGAUUUCGUGCUCGAUCUGGCACUCUUUCCGCGUGAACGGCGUAAACACAUUGAGCGGAUUCACUCUGAGCUCUUCGACGACCCCUCCACGAGUCAUGAGCGGAUGGCGUCACUGGCUGAAGAGCAACAAACUUAUUACCCGUUGGGGGAGAGACAGUUCGAUAUUGAAGAAGGGGAAUACGUACUGCCGCCGCCGAGCAUCACCAUCGAUCCGAGUCGCUCCGGGGAGGACCAGCAGUACGACACGGGCAAGGCAGACGACCGAACAGAUGCUAUUGACAAUCAAUCCUUCACGUCACCAUUCUUCCCUAGCACCAAUCCUGAGGCGGACAUCGGGGAGAAACAGCAACGAGAUCCAUCUAGGGAUGCUCGACUUGAGACGGAAGAAGAUGAGAUUGAUGACUCAGAUACCGUGGAUUCAGACGAACAGUCGCGGGAGGUUUCGUGGAACCCUCAUCAAGUGAGGGCAACGCGAUCAUUGGUAUGCUGGAUCAUCCGCGCAUUCGCCCGGUGUACAGGCUCACGAACUGAGGUCGAAGCGGUGUACAAUGAAAUUCGCCGCGUGUGGAGACCACAUGAUGAAGCCGAACGGGAGGCAGUGCUGCGAGUACUCCAGCGCAGCUUGUACAAUUGUGACUUGUAUGGGCCCCCUAUAUAGGGAAUGAAAAUGGUGUCGAGGAAGGCCCCUCGGCCCAAGCGAUAGGUAAUGUUUAGGCGAGAGCAGAGCGAGGGUCAGAUCAAGUGUUGAAUAGCCAACAAUGAGUACA